AUGAAGAGAGGAAUCCUUGAAGUACUUCUUGUUCAUGCUAAAGGCAUGAAGCACACAAAUCUCAUCGGUCCACCAGUCUAUCAUGUCAUCAUACAAUGUGGAUCUCACGUGCACAAAAGCAAAGCAUCAUCAGGCAAAGAUGAAAAAACAUGGUGGAAUGAGAAAUUCAGGUUUGACUUCCCAUUAACUGAUUGGAAACAGUUGACCCAUCUAAAAUUCAGAAUCAUGGACCAGGAAUUCUUCACUGAUGGUGGAUUUGUCGGUGAAACCAUAAUUUACCUUGGAGGAAUAAUAGAUGAGGGGAUUAACAGAGGAAUUCUAGAAAUGAUGCCAGCUCCAUAUAAUGUGUUGCUUGAAGAUGACACCUACAAAGGAGAGAUAAAGAUUGGACUCAAAUUCAUUGCCAACACAGAAGUGCUCCCAGAGAGGACAUUCCUUGCACAGGUGAAUGAACCAAGACAACUGAUAUGCAGAUCCAUUAUAAAUCUCUGCAAAUUCUCAUGGUGGAAGUUGUGGCCUUAUCAUAGUCAGAGGAGUACUAAAAAUAAGACAGAGGAGGAAUAA